AUGCAACUUGACUUAUCCGGCCAUACUGCAGCUAAUCCGGCCAAUGAUAGAGGGUCUGUGGCAGUGCACCGUAAACUUCAGACGGAGCAAUUCAGUUGUAAUAAUUAUAGUCGUGGAGAACUUAACCGUUACGUUCUCAAUAGACCGAAGGAUCGGUCGUCAUAUGGUACGUAUUAUCGAUUGAUGUUAAUGGAAUUAGUAGAUGCUGUCAAAAAGUUUAAAAUUGGUAAAUCUUCGGAUACAGAACAAGACAGAAUUCAGAGACUUAUUCGAUGGAAUGUUGCUAUUAGGCUGCUACAUGUUCUAGUUAAUCUGUUGAAAAUAUUUGAUGCACGGAUUAAUCUCACAUCUAUUUUGAAGUAUGGUAGAAUGUUUGUAGAAGUGUUCUUACGGCAAGGUAUGCCCAUGUUGGAUAGCAUAUUCAGACACCAUAGGGAAGACGUACAGGGAUUACUGAAGAAUUUACAACAAAGUACCAGAGCAUUACAACACUUGUGUAGUCAUACCAAGGUACUGAAGGAUGUGUCCCUCACCAAUCAUGUACCAGCGUUAAAGAAAUGUCUUGAGAGCUUUGUGUACAGAGUCAAGCAUAUGCUGACUAUACACAAAUGCCAUGAAGCGUUCUGGUUGGGAAACCUGAAAAAUAGAAACUUACAGGGAGAAGAGAUUUUAUCUCAGGUAUCCAAAGCAGAAACAGAUGAUGAGGAGGAGGAGGACGAAGAUGAAGAUGAAAACGACAACAAUGAGAGUGAUGUAGAAAUGGAAGAUGAGAGCAUAGCCAGUAAUGAUACUGACAUGCAACAAGUUGAUGACCAUGUCCCUGGACAAGAUAUUAGUGAAGUCUAUUGA